AUGGCAAAUCGUCAAAGUUAUUGGUAUUUCGGAGGUUUAGCUUCGGCCGGCGCAGCAUGUUGUACACAUCCACUUGAUUUGAUCAAAGUCCAGCUCCAAACAUCCCAAGAGAAAAAAGUAUCGAUUGUAAGACUGACCGGUCAUAUCGUUAAGAAUCAAGGCAUCACAGCUUUAUAUAAUGGCAUAUCAGCUUCUUUGCUACGUCAAUUGACAUAUUCAACUACAAGGUUUGGAAUUUAUGAGGCUGGAAAACAAUCGUUCGGAAGUGAUUUAGGAUUUCUAGGAAAAGUGGCAUUAGCAGGAAGUGCAGGAGCUGCAGGUGGAUUUGUUGGAACGCCAGCUGAUUUAGUAAACGUUCGUAUGCAAAAUGACGUUAAAUUACCUAUGGAACAAAGAAGAAAUUACAAGCAUGCAAUUGAUGGCCUGUGGAGAAUUUAUUCACAAGAAGGUUUUACUAAAUUAUUUUCUGGUGGAUCUACAGCAACAUCGAGAGCAGUUUUCAUGACAAUUGGACAGCUAUCAUUUUACGAUCAAGUCAAGGCCUUAUUACUCAAUUCUGGAUAUUUUAAAGACAAUAUGUUCUUGCAUUUUACUGCAUCAUCGAUUGCUGGCGGUAUUGCAACCUGUAUGACACAACCUUUAGAUGUUAUCAAGACAAGAGCAAUGAAUGCCAAGCCAGGCGAAUAUAACGGUGUGCUUGAUAUCGUUAGACAUACAGCAAAGUUGGGUCCUUUGGGCUUCUUUAAAGGCUACGUCCCAGCAUUCGUUCGUCUCGGUCCACAUACAGUUUUAACAUUCAUCUUCCUUGAACAAUUAAGGAUUAAUUUCGGCUUUUUCCCAGAAGCAAAAUAGAUUCGUACCCGAAUCGUGUCAAUCAAUAAUUUUGUCGUCUUGCAUUCGAGCUUGUCUUCCGAU